AAGGUCCUGCCGCUGGAGAGGAUCAAAAUUACAGCGGCGGUGCGCCCCCAGCCAACUGUUUCUUCGCCCUCCGGCAUGGAAGGUGACAGGCUGUGAUAGCCGAGAGUGGACAGUCUUUGCAAGCAGGCUUGAAUCUAGCUCUCCUAGACAGGGGAGUUCCUUGGUGAGGGGCCUUCAGGGUCCUAGGAGUCUCCACCCCACUGGGCUCUCUGUCUUUCUUUGCUCACUGCUCCCCCUACCCCGCGUACAAGCCAAAGAAAGUUUUUCACAGAAUGAGCCCUCGUUGACGUAGGCAUCGCCUCCCCUCUCGCUGGAUAGAAGCCCAGACAGGAGCCAAGGGAGAGGCGGAGGUAGGGGUCGCCUGCAUUCCUGUUGCUGCGGUCCGCGGGCGGGGCGGAUCAAAGGCCAGCUAAGAGUAUUGGUCCUGGAUCUACAAAUACAUCAGGCUUUUCCUCCUCCGUCAACCUCCUAAAUCCCAAUGAGGUCAUAGCGAUGAGAGAAAAUCAGCUAGGGAGAGAGGGGGAGGAAGAGGACGACGACGAGGGAGAAGAAACCCAGACGGAAAGAGGCCAUCAGACAAGGUCGCUUUUUCUGGCGACAGAGCAACUGCAAGGAGCGUGGUGCUGAAUAUCUUCCGCCCGCUCGGCCUGGGGACCCAGAGACUUGGAGAGGCGCUUUGCCUUGCCACGAAAACAAAGGCGAGGAGACGAAAGGGAGAGAGAGGGAGAAGCUCGAAGCAGUUCCCUUUGGCUCUCCGGAAAGCAAAGCUCCUCUCCUCGGCAAUGAAACAGAAGGGACUGUGACAGGGUCUGGUAGGCUGAGGAGUGGGCGGGUUUCCCUGCGGAGAUUUGGGACGCGGCAGAACUCUGGACAGCGCCCGCGAAGCGAGGCUCAGAGCUCCCUGGGCUUUUCCAGGUUUCCGGCUCCUUAAAAGCCCUGGUACUGGUCUGCAAUCUUCGCACCACCGAACCCAGGAAGAUCCUUCACCGAUCCAUCCCCAUCUGAACGUGACAGUGGGUAGAGCAGCUCCUUUGCCUCUGGCCCAGCCAGGGAAGGUCUUCGUUUCUGAAAAUCCAGCCCUUGUGGAUAAUGCCUUGCUCUUGAAGAAAGAAAAGUUUUGGGAUCUGGUAGGGGGUGGAAGGGGUAAGGAGGAGAGUGGAAGAAAAAAAGGUAGAUGGUUGGUUUCCCUCUCUGAUCUGGAAGGAAGAUGACCGAGGAAGGAUGUGCACCAGCAGUCAGAUUAUUGGGAGCCUCUUGGUGCUCUCCGUGCUGGAGAUAGGGCUGGGGGUGUCCAGCGUGGCCGUAGGGGCGGUCAGCUUCAGCCUGGCCCUCCGAGAACACAAGCCUCAGCUCGGAGACUCGUCCCCGGUAUGGAGCGGGGUGUGUUUUCUUCUUUGUGGCAUUUGUGGAAUAUUGUGUGCCAAAAAAAAAUCCGGACUUGUCAUGAUCCUCUUUUCAGCCUGCUGUAUCUGUGGACUCAUUGGCGGCAUCCUGAAUUUUCAGUUCCUCCGGGCAGUCACAAAGAAAACUUCCUCCCUAUAUCCUCUGCACCUUGCCUCCAUGUCUCUUGCGUGCAUUGGGAUCGGAUGCUGUACUCUCUCUUCCUGGCUCACUUGUCGACUAGCCAGCUAUGAACAGAGGAGGAUGUUCUCAGAAAGGGAGCAUUCCCUUCAUCAUUCUCAUGAAAUGGCUGAGAAAAGAUUGAGGGCUAUUGAAAUAACCGACUUGCCCAGCUGCCCGGUGGUGCCCCCGACACCAGAGUUACCUACAAGGAAGUGACAGACAACAUGAGUAAUGGAGGACCACAACUGAUAUUUAAUGGAAGAGUAUAAUCAAUGUUUUAAAGAAUUGAACAUUUUUAGGAUUUUCAGGGGUCAAUGAGACACCAAAGGACUAGAAAAUAAAACAGUUUUUGCAUUUGCAUUUAUCUCUCCUGAGCAUUCACUAAAAUUAUUCUUCCUAAAUAUUGCCUCUUAUUUCUCCACCCUUUUUUAUGGGGUAAAAAACUUUUUGAAACAUUCUAGUACAAUAAUUUCAAGAGGCUUUCCAGAUUGUUCUAAAGAAGACUUUUCAGGAAAGAGAAAUAAUGAAACAGAAAUAAGAUGCAUAUUCUAUACAAACACUAUUUGACUAGCAUGAUUAUUACAUUUAUAAUGACAUAUUUCAUAUGAGUAAUUGAAAAGUGCAAAUAUCAAGAAAUAAAAAUAACUUAUUGAUGUCUUUGUUUUGAAAGACAGAUGGCUUCAAGGAUGCCACAAUUCAAAACCUCAGCAAUGCCUUGUUAUAAACACAUUGUAAUUAUUUUCAACUUGUGAAUGAAAUAUAUUUCAUAACUUCUUUGUAAAUGACAAAAAACCUCAAGCAUAAAAAAAAGACCUUUUAGAGAGAGAGAAUACUAAUCUGUAUGGUAUUUUUGCACUUUUGCACAAAGAGCGAAAAGUUGUAUAUGACUAUCAUUCAAGAAAAUAAAUGUGUUUUGAUCAUACUGUGCAGAUUGAUCUGCAUGUUCAUGAAUGAGUCUAAGAAUAAAGUAUGUGUGUGAAUGUAUGUAUAUAUACUGUAAAUAUAGAACAUGUAUACAGCAUAUAUUAUGGCAUACAUGAAUGUAAAUAGGUAUUAGAAAAGAAAGUGUGAUGCUGUGGAGAUAUUACUAAGAUGCUACUCCAAUAGAAAUGGGAAGACAAUUGCUUAAGGCUUUUCCAUGCCCCCAAAAUCAUGUUUAAUUUCUAUUAAAUUUGCCCUUUUUUCUUUUUAUUAUGUUUGUUUUGUGUAAAUAUCAUUGUGGCUGAUAAGAAGAUGAAUGAUCUGAAUAGUGUGGUAUAUAAAUAGAUUAGUUAUUUGGUUAUUUUACUAUGAUUAUAGUAUUUAUGUAUAGCAAUUAAGAUUAAUUUAUAAACACACAUGACUUUAAUGGCAUAUUUCCAUAUUUAUAAGGACAUCGCAACUUAAAAUUAUUGAUGGUAUUGCUUUUUCAAACGUCUUUCAGUCCAACUGAAUGAUACAAAAGGGCAAAUGACGUACCCCCCAACAACGAAGUCGUAAUUACCUUUGCUAUAAUUUUAAGUGUUUUGUUUUACAAUUCUCAUGAAAUAAUAUAGGCAGUCUAUAUAUAAGAAAGCAUAUAUCCAAAGAUCCUGCAAGAGUUCCUUGUGGGGAAAAAAAGAUAGACUAACAUUUAUAUAGCUAGAUUCAAUCAUCUCCUCUAAUAAUGGAAUGUUAAAAUAGCAAACAAGUACAACACAUAUAAGUGAAAAAAACGACAUAUCUUUGAAUAUAUUUAUGAGAAUAUAACCUCUGGCAACAGACAAAGAGAUCUAUUAUUUUUAAAUCUAUAACUCUCACUGUAUUGUACACUUUUCUUUGUCCACAAAGCUAAUCAAUUUCCACAUCCUUUUUUAUGAGUUACUUAUUGAAUAUAGGUAAAUUAAAAUAUUUAGAUCCAGCUUGAGAAUAUAAUUUAUAAACAAAACAUGAGUUUUAAUUGUGCUAACACAGUAAUAAUAAUUCAAGUUAAUGAAAAUUUAAAGGUCUAUUAUUUUAUAGUAACAUGAUAAUCAUUAACUUAUUUAAACCUGCUGAUUUAAAAUUCUAGCUGUCAUCUAUUCCACAGAAAUAACUGAACUCUGCUUGUUUGGUGUAGUUUUUGAAGUCUCCCAAUUAUUUUGGAUAACUUCAUUGCCUAGUAGAUUACAGAAGUUGUCUAUAAAUGCAAACUCAAAUAGCUAAUCAACAUCAUAACUAUUCAUUUGAUUUCACAAACAGGCAUGACCUUUGCCAAUGAAAAUCUAAAUUACAUCAUGAAGAUGUGUGUGUGUAUGGUCAUAUGGAAGUCAUGAAGGGAUGUAGUUUUGUACUGAAAGAAUAAACACUGACUCUAAUUUUCAGUGAGAUUUCUCUAUAAACAUGUUUGUACAAUAUAAAAUUAUAAUACAUCAGAAAAAUGUUGUAAUGCCUUAUGAACUAAGUUAUAACAUAACACAUUAAAGGACAAAAGGAGGCAUAUCACUGCUUUGAUGUAUAGUUAUAAAGAGAUGCAAUCAUCACAAUUAUUCAAAUAGUUUACAGUAUAUGUUUAACCAACUAUAGAUACAUUUUAAAAUAUGAUUAUUUCAACCCAGUGUUUUUGGAGUUGAGUUUAGAAUCAUUUACUUGGGAUGUAUAGUGAUUCUUUUUUAGAUAGGUGGGGGAUGUUAGGAAGAUAUUGUUCAAGUACUUGAAAAUUUAUUUUGGUCAAUAUAUUGAACCACAUGUUGGAAUGUUUUAAGUGACUACCUUAUAGUUUUAGUAUAAACCUACCCUUGGAAAAAAGUAAGGUGAUACUAAAUUAGAAAAAAAUAUGUGAAACUGUAGGGGUGGUAUGCUUUGGGCCAUAUCAAAUAGGUAGAGGUAUUAUAAGCAUAAAAGGAUAAAAGUGGGCUCUUCUUGGAAAUCUUAAACAUAUAUAUGUGUAUGUGUGUGUAUAUAUAUAUGUAUAUGUGUAUAUAUAUAUGUAUAUAUAACACACUGGUUUGGAAGUGGAACAUGAUAUGAUAACUCUACUGACAUGUCUAUAAUAAAAUGAUGUGCUUUGAAAUUGGA